UCCCCCCAUUCCAUCUCAACAGACUCUCCGAAGUGUUCUCUGUUCUAUUACUCUGCGUUCGUAGCUGCGUUUGACCUUGUUCUUUCUUGACUUCGGUCGCAUCCAUGGCGCCGAACAUGAAGGCUAAGGGGAAAGGGAAGCAGGCCGGGGGGAAGCCGUCUAGAGCGUACGUGACGUUCCUGGCGGGCGACGGCGACUACGUGAAGGGUGCGGUGGGGCUAGCGAAGGGGUUGAGGAAGGUUGGAUCCGCUUACCCGUUGGUGGUGGCGGUCCUUCCCGACGUGCCGGAGAGCCACCGUCGCCUCCUCGCCGCCCAGGGCUGCAUCGUCCGCGAGAUCGAGCCUAUCUACCCCCCGGAGAGCCAGACCCGGUUCGCCAUGGCCUACUACGUCAUCAAUUACUCCAAGCUCCGCUUAUGGGAGUUUGUGGAGUACAAGAAGAUGGUGUACCUGGACGCGGACAUACAGGUGUUCGAGAACAUCGACCACCUGUUCGAUCUGCCGGACGGCCAUUUCUACGCCGUCAUGGAUUGCUUCUGCGAGAAGACAUGGAGUCACUCACCACAGUACAAGAUCGGCUACUGCCAGCAGUGCCCGGACCGGGUGGCCUGGCCCAGCGACGAGUUGGGUCCGCCGCCCUCCCUCUACUUCAACGCUGGCAUGUUCGUCCACGAGCCCAGCCUCGCCACCAGCGAGUCCCUCCUCGCCGCCCUCAAGAUCACUCGCCCUACCCCCUUCGCCGAGCAGGACUUCCUGAACAUGUUCUUCAAGGAUAUCUACAAGCCAAUCCCGUUGGUCUACAACCUGGUCUUGGCCAUGCUGUGGAGGCACCCGGAGAACGUGGAGCUGGAGAAGGUGAAGGUGGUCCACUACUGCGCUGCGGGAUCGAAGCCAUGGAGGUUCACAGGGAAGGAAGCGAACAUGGACCGGAAGGACAUCAACGUGCUGGUGAAAAGGUGGUGGGACGUAUACCAUGACGAGAGCCUGGACUACAAGGGCCCAGCGGUGACCUCGAAGCAGCCGCUCCGGGGGGCGCUGCCGGAGGCUGGGCCGGUGAAGUACGUGACUGCACCUUCGGCCGCGUGACGAGAGAGAUCUGUCAUCUUGUCACUCUUCCCCUCUUCUUUCUUUUAGCGUGGUGUAUAUGAUUAGAAUGAAUCGUGCGUGGUGUGGUCUAUCAAAGAAACACUUAUGUAAACGGUAGCUUAAAAUCUGUGAAUUAUAGGUAAUAUUGUGGGCCUACUCUGAGGGCAUCAUCAUACUGUUGUAUAAUUAAUCCAGAUUAGUGAAUCAAUUUAGAAUGAUAUGUGAA